AGAAUAUUGAAUUUUUAGCUAAAGGAGGAUUUGGAAAAGUUUAUACAAUUCGGACGCGCGGUGAGAUCAUUGAUUGGAACGUUACAAAGAACGAUUUCGUGCGACAACCUAAAAAGGUAGUACUUAAAGUUUUUGACGGAGAUGACCUUCCUAGAAAUGAAUCUUUUCAAGAAAACCAAUGUGGAGACCUGUCUUUAGCUUCCAACAUUGUAUGCGGUCUUCGACCUUCUGUGAUUCCUGGAACGCCAAAAACAUAUGCAGAUUUGAUGUACAGUACAAAUGUUGGGCUAAUGCUCGCCGUGAACGCAUUUCCGCGAGGGAUGCUGCCCAAAUUCUCCGAGC